AUGUACAAGUAUAUUGAUGUAGUUAAAGCAUUUAAAAGCAAUAAUGCUGACUAUGAAGAAAAAAAGGCCAAGGAAAAUAAACCAAGUACAGAGGAGAAUACUUCCAAAGCCUUACCCAUCAAACUACAAACACCCAAAUCUUCACAGAGAAUACGUCAGUUUAGUAAAAAGCAAAAUGAAAUGUCUCCCUUUAGUAAACUCUAUGAAAAACUAAAACAUGAGAUUAAAGUGAAAAAACCUCUGCAAGAGGGAAAUGUGUCUCAACAAGCUACAAAGGAAGAUGGCAAGACUGUUCUGCUAGAACCAAGUGCUCGAAUUUCAUCAUCAGGUUGUGCUUAUGAUCUGGGAAGCCUGCCUAAAGAAAAAGAAAGUCCUAGAGGAAAGAACAGGCAAAGCGCUGAAUUAUCAAACAAAAGCGUCCAUUCACAGACACUGGCUUCACAGGAGUCACCAUCAGAACUGGCAUCUCCUGCUGGUCAGAAAUCUGGCUCUGGAGGAAAAAGGGGUAGGCCAAGGACCUCUGGACUGCUGACUGAGAAAGCAGUGGAGACAAGUGCCGUUCAGGAGCAUCAGGAGAAGACUGCAGACCGAAAAGACAGUGGAGCUAAAGAAGAGCUGGCCACGAAGGGGUGUCCUCAGAAACAAGAUUUGGAAGAUGCCAGUGUUAAAAGACCUGGUAGAUUGUCAUCAAAAAGAAGGUCUUCUGGAAGCACUUCUGUACGGAAGGAUAAUGAGGCUGUCUCAGAAAUUAAUAUUUCUGGCCUGUUUGCUGAAGAAGAAUCAGGCAAGACAAAGACAAGAACUAAGAGAAGUGGCAACUUGUUACCUCAGCCUGUAGGAAAAAGAAAGAGAGUGUCUUUUGGUGGUCAUCUAAGUCCAGAACUUUUUGAUAAAAGUUUGCCUCCCAACUCGCCCCUUAAAAGAGGUGCAAUUCCUGCGAGACUGAGCUUACCGUUUGGAAACUCUCCACGUGCUGUUCUGAAAAAGGCUCAGGGAUUGAAGCAUUUUGCAGUCCAGAAAGAAAAAAUGUCACCAAAAAAUUUGCCAUCCCAGAAGUCCCCAGCUGCCUCGUCCCCUGCCUCUGGGAAGGCAACACCUAAACUUGCUUUAGGCUCUCCAGCACCUGACAAAAAAGGGCGUUUCUCUAUUUCUCUCGUCACGACACCAUUACCAAUUGCAGAAGAGAACGAUGCUGUUGCAGAAGACAUGAAGAGGAAAAAAAGGGAGAAAAAUGGUGCUCGAGUGGAAACACCUAAAUCUUCUCAGGUUAACCAAGCUGGUCAUGCAGAGUCACCUGCUACAAUAGUUGUAGGUAGAGCUUAUUCCACCAGAGUCGGAAUGGCUGGACAGGUCCCUAAAGUGGUGAAAAAUCCUACCAUGAAGCUGAACAUGAAAAUGGAUGAAAGCUUCACAGGAAUGACUGAAAUGCUUAAAACUCCAGAAAAUAAGAGUGGAAGAACGUCACCUAUGGACAGUGAUCAGCAGACUGAUUUUACACCAAUGUGUACUGCAGCAGAAAUUUCUGAAUUGCACACUCCUGAGGAAUCUGAAAAACAAGCAUCUUGGGUGACAUUGGCAAGUAGAAGGAAGACCCCAAAGCAGAAGCCGGAGCCAGUUGAGGACCUGUCGGGCAUCAGGCAGCUCAUGAAGACCCCAAAGCAGAAGCCGGAGCCAGUUGAUGACCUGUCGGGUAUCAAGCAGCUCGUGAAGACCCCAAAGCAGAAGCCGGAGCCAGUUGAGGACCUGUCGGGUAUCAAGCAGCUCAUGAAGACGCCAAAGCAGAAGCCGGAGCCAGUUGAGGACCUGUCGGGUAUCAAGCAGCUCAUGAAGACCCCAAAGCAGAAGCUGGAGCCAGUUGAGGACCUGUCGGGCAUCAAGGAGCUCUUCAGGACCCCAAAGCAGAAGCAGAAACCAGAGCCAGCUGAGGACCUGUCAGGCAUCAGGCAGCUCAUGAAGACCCCAAAGCAGAAGCAUCAACCGGUAGAAGACAUGAUUGGGGUCAGCCGUAUUUUCAAGACACCACACCAGAAAGUUGAACCUCUGGAAGAUAUGUAUGGUGUUAGUAGACUAGUGAAGACUCCGAGAGAGAAGUAUCAACCAGUUGAUGAUUUUGUGGGUCUGCAAAGGCUUAUGGCAGAACCCAGGCAGAAAUGUUCUGAUUAUGAAGUGGACUAUGUUGGAGUUGCGGAAAUGUUUGAUAUACCAGAGGAAAUUAAGGUCGGAUCAGUAAAUGUUAUGGAUUCUGAGCAAGAAGAUGCUGCACCUCCUUGUACUAAUUCCAGUCAUAAACAUGAAGAUAAAGGAAAUAUUUCACAACGUGAAGAUUCUCAACAGAAGGAAUCAACUAGUGAACACCAGUCUACCCAGAGACCAACAAGGGGCAGAUCAAGGAAAACAGUACAUACUGCUUCAGCAAAGGAGUGUGAAAAGAAUUUGGAUUUAAAAGAUUUGCAAGGUCUGGAAGAAAACAACACUCAAGAGGAGAUGGGAGAGAUCAGUACUUCAGCUUCAGUACCUGAAAACAAAGGAAGAGGAAGGAGAACAAAUCGUUGCAUACGAGAAGAAAUUGCUUCAGAGUGCCCCGAUCAGGAAAAAGUUGAAACUCUUUCAUUUGUGGAACCGCAUGGAGCUAUGAAACAGGCUUUGCAGGAGUAUGGCACCAGUGAUGAUCCAACCAGAAAGACAGCGAGUGUAUCAAGUAGCAUUCAAAAUGAAAAUUAUCAGUUGGAAGCAGGUUUGAAAGAACCUGAAAACAAACCUAAUGCAGGUGGUGUGAAAGACAAUGAAGAAAAGCUUCUGUUAACUGGUAAGAGGUCUAAAGGAGUAAAAACAGUAGAAGACCCAGAAGCACUGAUUCCACCUAAAAGAGCAAGAAGAGCUAGAAAUGACCAAGUUAAACAAGCUUCUUCAGAAGACCAUCGUGGGACAACAGUGAAGCUUCAUAAAUACUCUUCGGCAAAGAAGAUACAAAAAGAUGAACAGGCUUUUGACAAAGACAGUGAGACUACCACAGCAGAAGAAUCUGAAAGCAGAACUAAACUUGAAAUAAAGGUAACAGAGAAAAGAGUUAAGUCUUUAAGAAGUGCUAGAAAGCCCUCAGCUGAAGUGAAAUCAGACGUUUGCGGGAUGGCACUUCAAAAUACAGAAAACAUUCAUAAAACUAAGGAAACUUCAUCUGCCACUGAUACUCAAACACAACCACGCAUCAAAAAUGAGAUUAAAAUAUCUCAGGGAGAUGAAACAGAAGAUGCUCAGGAAAAUACCACAGAGGCAUCUCAAAGAUUAAAGGCAGAGUCACCUUCCGGAGAGACAAACAAAAUGCCAGUUACUGCUCUGAACUUGGAAGCAAACAAAAGUGCAGUACAAGAAACAAACAGACCUAGAAACAGGAGAGGCAAGAAAGACUCUUUGGAGAAAAAGACUGAAUUUCCUGAAGUUGUAAACAAUAUAGAACCAAUUACUCCCAAAUUUAAGGCAGAAACAGAAAUGGUCAAAUCUUCUCCCAAAGAUUCUUUGGGCUCUGUUUGUGUCGAGAAUACAUACCAAGUCCCGAAGGACCACAACAACCCAGCUGGCACAUCAGUACCUGCAGCAAACAGUGACAGCCUUGCUCCUAGCCGUCAAAAGCGGACGAGAAAUGCCCAGGGAAUACUGAAACCAAAGCAAGCUGAAAUGCUGCAAGAGAAUCAAGCACAGAACAAUGGAACUGCAUGGAGAAGAGGCAGAGGUAGAAAAGUUAAUUUUAAACUGGAAGAAGCUGUUUCCAAGGUGAUGGGAGGAAAAAGGAGUUUACCUGGGGAUGACGAAGGGGUGACUUAUAAACAUAGUCAACAUGAGACUUCAGAAAAUCCUUCUUCACAAGUAAGGAGGAGCAGAAGAAAGCAAGCUGAUUCCAUUCCACAAACAGCUUGUUCUACCUAUUUGGGAAAACAAACAUUAAUUGCAGAUCAUACUAAAGAUGAGGCUGUUGUAAAAGAGCAAGAUUCGGCUGUGGAAGCUACUCCCUCUUCAACAGAAGACAAUCCAUUGAGACGAGGGAGAAGACAAGAGGUUGCUACAGCGUCACAAACAUCUAGAUCUCUUUCUAUCAGAAAAAGACGUGGGUUGCUAGAAGGUGAUGAUAAAAAGAUGACUGAGAGAGAAGAGCAAAAUCCAGCUUUGCAGGCAAAUGCAAAUGCUUCAGCAAGAUACAAAAGGAAAAAGAUUGAUCUAACAGCAGAGGCAAAAAGUUCAUCUUCUCUCCAGAGAAAAUGUGGCUUGUCAGAAACUGAUGAUAAAAUGGAGAGUACUAAUGAAGAACAAAAUACACCUUUGGAAACAGUGUCCUGUGCGAAAGAGAAGCCGAGAAUGAUGAACAUGGAUCGCUACAAAAAGGGAAAAGAAACAAAGCUAAAGAAGGACUUCGCGAAAACGUUUUUCAUUCAGGACUGGUUUUGGGAGAAAGCUGAGAGCUUCAUUGCGAAGCCAGGCACCCUCAGAGCCCAGUUCCAAGUCUGGUUCAUUGGGGCUAAAGCUGACUAUCAGUUCUUCAGGGGAGGAAACGGUUCGGACGCGGCCAUUUCUGGGAGCAGAAAGCAGCAGCCCAUGGACACGCGGGAUUCUGCCCAGCAGCAGAGGUUGUUUCACGCAAGGAUGCUUCUACAGAUCCCUGCUGGGGAAGGCACCGGGGGCUUCCCACUGCCCGCGGAGCGGGAGAGGCUUUGGUCUGCGCAGUGUGCUCUGAAAAACGCGCCCCGUUCGCCGUCAGUCGUCUGGUCUGGCCAGCCUGGAGAGAGCAAAACAGCUCCUGUUGACUCUUCCAGGAGCCAACUGUUUGCCUCUGGGCGGAAAGCAAACGUGGAAAAUUUCAGCCCCACAGGAAUCUGA